GACUGAUUCUCCAUCUUUUGUAAAUUCAGAACUCUACCCAAACAAAAGAAAUAUAGAGACAGGAAUAAUGGCAAAGUCUCCCAGUGUCAUCCUCUUCCUUGCCUCGGCUCUCUGUGUUCUGUCCUUGGCCGUUGCCCAUGGCAAUCCCAUUCCCCGCUUCUACGUCGAGGGCAAGGUGUACUGCGACACCUGCCGUGCCCAAUUCGUCACCCGUAUCAGCGACUACAUGGCAGGGGCAAAGGUACGGUUGGAGUGUAGAGACCGUGAAGGCGGAACCGUAAAAUACUCAGUUGACGGCCAGACCGACAAGUUAGGCACCUACGUCCUUACAAUCGACGGAGAGCAUGAGGAGGAGGUGUGCGACAUUACACUGGUCGAAUCCAGCGACAAUGAGUGCUCCGAAAUCAACCAAGACGCAUUCCUCAGGAAGAGCGCCAGGAUUAGCCUCACCACCAACAAUGGCAUCACUAGUCCUGUUCGCCUUGCUAAUCCGCUCGGCUUCAUGAGGAAGACUCCUCUCCCUGAGUGCACUGAAGUCCUCCGAGAACUCGGAAUCACCCCCGAAGGCCUCUUUUAAUCUCCAUUUCACGGACCUGCUUCCAUGCUUUGGAUACUAAUAAACCAAAGCGUUUGUCCCUUUUUUUUUUUUUUCAUUCUAUUCGCAGAAUUGUUGUCUUCUAAUUCUCCAUACAUUAUUAUUAUGUAUCUGUGCUGAUUAUUCCAACAAAUUCACGUGAAUUAA